AUGGCGGUUUCCGGUAAGCCUGGUAGUGUGAAAGGUGGGUGUUCAUUUGGGAGGGCUGUUAAUUUCUCUAGAAAACAUCACAAGGGUGGAUUAAGAGUGAGAAAUGUUGCGACUAGAUUGCCGGAGACUCAGGUGUCGCCGGAGACUCAGGUAUCGCCUGAGAAAGGGGGUGGGAAUGAGAGGAAGCUUGCUGCAUGGACGAGCAUCCGGCAAGAGAGAUGGGAGGGAGAGCUGGCUGUUCAGGGAGAAAUACCACUAUGGCUGAAUGGGACAUACCUAAGGAACGGUCCAGGCCUGUGGCACAUAGGAGAUUACAACUUCCGCCACCUCUUCGACGGCUACGCCACACUUGUCCGCCUACACUUCCAGGACGGCCGAUUAAUAGCUGGCCACCGACAGAUUCAAUCCGAAGCAUAUAAGGCAGCGAUCAAGAAUAAAAAACUAUGUUACCGUGAAUUCUCGGAGGUCCCAAAGGCUGACAACUUCCUAUCUUAUGUGGGUGAGCUGGCUAGCUUAUUCUCUGGUGCUUCGCUGACAGAUAACGCUAACACCGGCGUUGUUAGACUCGGCGAUGGAAGGGUGGUGUGCCUGACGGAGACGAUAAAAGGGUCAAUAAUCAUCGAUCCUGACACACUCGAGACGAUGGGGAAAUUUGAGUACAGUGACACAUUGGGAGGGUUGAUACAUUCGGCACAUCCAAUCGUGACAGAAUCGGAGUUCUGGACGUUGUUGCCGGACUUGGUGAAGCCGGGGUACAUAGUGGUGAGGAUGGAGCCAGGGAGCAAUGAGAGGAAGGUGAUAGGGAGGGUGAAUUGCAGGGGUGGUCCUGCACCAGGGUGGGUUCAUUCAUUUCCGGUGACCGAACACUACGUGGUUGUCCCGGAAAUGUCAUUAAGGUACUGCGCCCAAAAUCUUCUAAGGGCCGAGCCCACGCCACUUUACAAGUUCGAGUGGCACCCUCUGUCCAAAGCCUUUAUGCACGUUAUGUGUAAAGCUAGUGGCAAAAUUGUGGCAAGUGUGGAAGUUCCAUUGUACGUGACGUUCCAUUUCAUCAAUGCAUACGAAGAAAAAGACGAGGACGGGAGGGUGACAGGCAUCGUAGCUGAUUGUUGUGAGCACAACGCCGAUACCACUAUUCUAGAUAAGCUCAGGCUUCACAAUCUCCGGUCGUUUUCUGGGGAAGACGUGCUGCCUGACGCUAGGGUUGGGCGUUUCACAAUACCGUUGGAUGGGAGUCCAUAUGGGAAGUUAGAGGCAGCAUUGAACCCAGAUGAACAUGGGAGAGGCAUGGAUAUGUGCAGUAUCAACCCUGCCUACUUGGGCAAGACGUACAGAUAUGCCUAUGCUUGUGGGGCACAGCGCCCUUGUAACUUCCCCAACACCCUCACUAAGGUAUCCAAAACCACCCUCUAUAAAGACAGUUUUUCAACUCAUUUUCUUGAGAUUGGUAAAUGAUUUUAAACCAUCUUGCAGCUUGAUUUAGUGGAGAAGAAGGCAAAGAACUGGUUCGAUGAAGGUUCUGUGCCCUCGGAACCAUUAUUUGUGGCUCGUCCAGGGGCAACAGAGGAGGAUGAUGGUGUUGUGAUCUCGAUGGUCAGUGACAAAAAUGGGGAAGGAUAUGCACUGUUGUUGGACGGGAGAACUUUUGAAGAGAUCGCAAGGGGGAAGUUCCCGUACGGACUUCCAUAUGGGCUGCAUGGCUGCUGGGUUCCCAAGAAAUAGAAGCAUUUGUAGAGACUUCUGGGUUUCAUACAAUGGAAUACUAUUAUGUAUCUGUUUUUGCAUAGAUGGAAUUAGAGAGUAAGGAUAUGAAGAUGGCAUUGGAAUGAGAUGAAUGUACAGCAUUCUCAGUGUCCAUAAUAAUAAUUAUGGAGGACUGUGAGAUAUAGUAAUGGUUAUAGGAGU